AUGACUACCACAGAAGGGUAUGAUUUAGGAGCCCGAGGACAGGUUCCUGAGUUGAGCAUUUCUCUAGUGAAAAAGAGGCCAGACUGGAAGAAACCUGCCAUUCACAGCACUCCCAAGGAGAUGGCUAUGGGCUGGAGCCCAAGGCCCUCAAGAAGGACCUUCCAACACCACCAGUCCUUGAUAUCUGAAGAUUCCUUCCAGGGCUCUGUGUCCCAGCUGGUAGGGGUCAGCCCCACAGCCACCUUCAGAAAAAGGCUUUCGACUGUUCAGGACUUGGAGAGUUCCAGUGGGCAGGUGGAGCCCCAUUCAGACCAUCUAGCUGCAGGGGAAGAACCACGCGUGUCAGCCUCAUCGAACAAGGAGCAGCUUCAGAAGACAGAGGCCCUGCGGGCAGCGAGCCGGCCAAGGAACUCAGGGAUGCCUGGGAUUCCAGACAGUCCCUGGCAGAGGAGACGGGACCCAAAGAAACAAGCAGCUGCAAUGCGACACUUGCAGCAAUGGGAGGCCCAGAUGCUUCUGGAAAUUGAGGAGGCAGUUCAUCACGAGCUUACCAUCCAAGAAGGUGUCCCUAAUACUGGGAUCCCCAACCAAGCCCAGGAACCAUUCAACAUCAGCACAGUCAGUGUAGAUGCUCAGGACCCUGGUACCCUGGCAUGA